CGCGCUUCCGGCUGCGUGCAGUUGUGUCAGGCAGCGGGAGGGGGUAGAGUUGCUGGAAGAGGCCGGAGACCCGGAGAGAAAGCUGGACAGCCAUGGAUAUCGAGAAGGAGUUUCAGGAGGCGGACAGGAACAACAGCUGGGGCUCCAUCUAUCAGGAAAUCCGACAUGAAGCCAGCGACUUUCCAUGCAAAGUGGCAAGACUGCCUGAUAACAAAAACCGCAACCGCUACCGAGACGUCAGUCCCUUUGACCACAGCCGAAUAAAACUGCACAGAGACGACAAUGACUAUAUCAACGCCAGCCUGAUCAAGAUAGAAGAGGCUCAGAGAAGCUACAUCCUCACACAGGGACCCCUGCCGAAUACCUGCGGUCAUUUCUGGGAAAUGGUUUGGGAACAGAAGAGCAGAGGGGUCGUCAUGCUCAACAGAGUCAUCGAAAAGGGAUCAAUCAAGUGUGCGCAAUACUGGCCAAAGAAAGAUGAAAACUCCAAGGUCUUCGAGGAUACAGACUUAAAGUUAACUGUGAUAUCAGAAGACAUCAAAUCGUAUUACACAAUCCGGCAGCUGGAGCUGGAGAAUCUCAGUACGCAAGAAACAAGGGAAAUAUUGCACUUUCAUUACACCACUUGGCCCGAUUUUGGGGUCCCGGAGUCGCCGGCGUCAUUCCUAAACUUCCUGUUUAAAGUGCGAGAGUCGGGCUCGCUGAACCCAGAGCACGGGCCCAUCGUGGUGCACUGCAGCGCUGGCAUCGGCCGAUCCGGCACCUUCUGUCUGGUCGAUACCUGCUUGCUCCUGAUGGAUAAACGGAAAGAUCCUUCCUCGGUGGACAUCAAGCAAGUGCUCUUGGAAAUGCGGAAAUACCGAAUGGGCCUCAUACAGACAGCCGACCAGCUCCGCUUCUCCUACCUGGCUGUCAUCGAAGGGGCAAAGUUCAUAAUGGGGGACUCUUCGGUGCAGGAGCAGUGGAAGGAGCUGUCUAAUGAAGACCUGGAUCCACCUCCUGAACACACACCGCCUCCCCCCCGGCCUCCAAAACGGACCACCGAAACGCACAACGGGAAAAUGCACGAGCAGAACGAAUUCUUCCCAAAGCAGGUGGUAGAAGAAGUGAUCAGGAGAGCGGUUUGCGAGGUGGAAGAGAGCCUACCCGCCGGCCGAAUUCCAGCCCCACCCCCACGGCCGCAUGAAAGCCCCCGUCAAGACACUGAAAUUAGAAAAAGAGCCACCGGAGAUCAAACCUCCUCCUCGCCCGACACAGAAGCCAAGACGAAUCCCGACAAAGCGGAGGAGAACGACCAGAGUCCGGAAUGGAAGUCCUUUGUAGUAAACCUCUGCCUGUUCACUGUCCUGACGGCCGGGGCGUACCUGUGCUACAGGGUCUGGUAUCAUUAAUGGACACGCAGCUAAGAGUUUCCACGGUUUUGUGACCGAUUUGUUUAAUUAAAGUUCAUGAGAAAAAAAAAAAAAAAGCCAGUCGUAAUUGGAACAAAAUUUAAAGGAAAAAAAGAAGCCGAGCUGAGCUUCGGUUUGGCAGAUCUAAGCUUUAAAGGUUGGAACUUUGCUAGGGCUACUAAGAGAGUGAACGUGAAACUUGGGUUUAAAGCCACCUCGGAGUCCCAAGAAGAAAAUCAAAUCUCAGGGCCUAAAACAAUUCAGGAGCAAGCAGAGAAAAUGCCAAAUAUUUUUUUUUUUUUCCAAAUAAAAUAGUGGUAUUACAACA